GCUCCUACAACAACUACUGCUCCUACAACAACUACUGCUCCUAUGACAACUACUGCUCCUACGACAACUACUGCUCCUACAACAACUACUGCUGAUACUACGACAACAACUGCUGAUACUACGUCAACUAAUGCUCCUACAACAACUACUGCUCCUACAACAACUACUGCUCCUACAACAACUACUGCUCCUACAACAACUACAGCUGAUACUAGGACAACUACUGCUCCUACAACAACUACUGCUGAUACUACGUCAACUACUGCUGAUACUACGUCAACUACUGCUCCUACAACAACUACUGCUCCUACAACAACUACUGCUCCUACAACAACUACUGCUCCUACACCAACUACUGCUGAUACUACGACAACUACUGCUCCUACAACAACUACUGCUCCUACAACAACUACAGCUGAUACUAUGUCAACUACUGCUGAUACUACGUCAACUAUUGCUCCUACAACAACUACUGCUCCUACAACAACUACUGCUCCUACAACAACUACUGCUCCUACAACAACCUCAGCUGAUACUACGACAACUACUGCUCCUACAACAACUACUGUUGAUACUACGUCAACUACUGCUCCUACAACAACU